CUGAUGCAGAAUAUCUCAGAAGUGAUGGAAUUUAUUCUACUGGGGUUAACAGAUACCCCAGAGCUACAGGUCCCUUUGUUUGUCAUCUUUACUUUCAUUUAUUUGAUCACACUGAUUUGGAAUCUUGGAAUGUUGGUGUUGAUUCUGCUGGACUCACAACUCCAUACGCCCAUGUACUUUUUUCUCAGUAAUCUCUCCUUUGUGGACUGUGUUUAUGCUUCAGCUGUCACUCCCAAGGUAAUAGAUGGGUUUCUCAUAGGAAAUAGGAUCAUAUCUUAUAAUGCAUGUGCUGCCCAGAUGUUCUUUUUUGCAGCCUUUGCUACUAUUGAAAGUUUCAUCCUGGCAUCAAUGGCCUUUGACCGUCAUGCAGCAGUGUGCAAACCCUUGCAUUACUCCACCACUAUGACUACUACAAUGUGUACUCUGCUUGUUGCUGGUUCUUACAUAAAUGGAAUCUUGCAAUCCUCCAUCCAUGUGUCCCUCACUUUCCAACUUUCCUUCUGUCAUUCCAAUGUGGUGAAUCACUUUUUCUGUGAUAUUCCCCCUCUACUUGCUCUUUCUUGCUCUGGUAUCUACACAAAUGAAAUUGUGCUGUUCCUGUUAGCAGCAUUCAAUGUCACUUUUACUUUAUUGGUUAUCUUUACCUCUUACCUAUUUAUUUUUGUUGCAAUUCUGAGGAUGCAUUCUGCUGAGGGCUGAAAGAAGGCCAUCUCUACCUGUGCAUCCCACCUCACCACUGUUUCCAUCUUCUAUGGCACAAUUAUCUUCAUGUACUUACAGCCCAGCUCCAGUCAUUCUAUGGACACUGACAAAUUGGCAUCUGUAUUCUAUACUAUGGUCAUCCCCAUGCUGAACCCUCUUGUUUAUAGCCUUAGGAAUAAAGACGUCAAGAUUGCAUUCAAGAAAGUUUCUGGAAAAGCAUUAACUUCACUGGGAUUAGUGAAUUUACUGUAA